UACCUAAAAUUUUUUAGGUCGUCUUUCAUAAAUAAAUAAAAAUAUUUAUUUGUUGUCUUCCUUUUUCUUGUUUAAGAAAAUUAUACAUAAGAAAAAAGUCCCUACAGAGAAGAAAAAGACCAGCUAAUCCGUAUUAUUAUUCAGUAAAAGUAAAAUCUCUCUCUCUCUCUCUCUCUCUCUCUCUCUCUCUCUCAUAUUCUCUCUCUUCUAAUUGAAGUUUGAAGUUGGCGGGAAAUCAAGCUUUACAGAGAGAACGAAAAUCGGAAGCUGAGAAUCGGAACCGGUGGAUGCAUGGACGACCGGACGAGAGCGCAGUUGAUGUUCGGGAACCGAGGUUAUCACCGCCACGGCCAGUCCAUCAUCAGCAGUCCGACCUUGGAUUCCUUCGCCGACAGGCUUGACCACAACUCGCCGAUCCUCCGCUACUUGUCUCCGCCGUCGUCUUCUUCAGUCGUGCAGUCGCCUCUGUCGGCGGUUGAGAACCUGACGGAGCGAUCCCCGCCGUCGGUUCUGUACGGAACUCCGGUGAAGGCCAUGGAAGGCGAGGAGGUUAUGGUGAUGGACGGGGUUCUCAUGAAGGGCGGCGGAGGAGGGAGGAGCAACGCCAGAGGAUCUGCCUCUGCCUCUGGUUCGUCUUCUUCAUCCGGUUCGUCUGGUAAGAGCCGCUACAAGACCGAGAUAUGUCAUGCCUGGGAAGAUUCUGCAAAUUGCCGCCAUGGCUCCAAAUGCCAGUUUGCUCAUGGCAAAGAAGACCUUCGCCCACACCGCCUUGCUGUCAAGAACAAAACUGAUGUUGUGGCACCACCAAUGGUUACAAAAAUAGCUCAAUCCAUCACAAAAACGGCCUCACCUGUCACACCUAAAAACAUCAGCAAGGCCCUCCUAGUCACUUCUAUCACUUCUAAGGAGUGGUUACCGCAGGAUGAUGGUAUUGAGGUAACCCUGCCAAGUUCUCCAACUGAAGUGCCUUCAAGGAAAAAGACAAAUGCCUACAUCAACAGGAUUCUUGCUGGCCCUACUACCAAAAGUAGAUUGCCUGUAUUUGAUGAAUUUUGCCCCGUAUAGCUGUCUCCUCUGCUUGGAGAAGUCCCCUUUUGACCUGCACAUAGAUUUUUACAGAUCCUUCAGAAACUUACGUAGACUGCUGGUGCCCUUAUAAUUAAGUGCAAAAAUGUCUUAUAGCAUGUGGUACUGAUUAGUUUCCUAUGGCAUAUGACAUAUAAGGGUUCUCAAAAGAUGAGGAGUAGGACAUAAAUACGUUUUGUCACAUUUUCACUUGCUUUCUGUCUUUUACUGCAUGCAUGAGUGUCAAACAUGAUUGGGUAUAAUACUUUAGGAACAUGAUUUUUUUGCAUAACAGUUCAAUUGCAAGAGUUGGGUUAACAUGUUUUUUGUUUUGGGUCCUGGAUUGCAAAGAAGGAUAGAAAAUUAAGGAUUGUUUAAUGUGAUGGACAUACCAUCAUUUUAGAUUUUUAAUAAUGCUUUGGUUU